GGCACACGCACAGUAGUGGUCAGUGCACCUGCGCAGUGCGCACACAUGCGUGUAUACAUAACGUGUAUACAUAUGUACGUACGUACAUUUGUUAGAGAAUCCGUAGACUUCAACGGAUCAUCCCAUUUGUUACUGUUACUGUGAUGUAAACACGUGCCACCCUUCAAGACUGUGCGGAGGUAGCAACGCAAACAAUACGAUUUCAUCCUUUUUACGUUUACAUCUGUUUUGAUAUAAAUUUGGGAAUAACACACGAUACACUUACCUGCAAGUGCAACGAUAAGUACGAGUGCAACGGGAAUUACGAUAGAAAAGAAACGUAAAAAUGAGUGAAACCUCGAGGAAAAGGUUCGAUUUGUAAACGCUCGAGUUCGUCGUGUUAUAAAUCGACAAAGUCGUCGAUUACUCUCACUACCUCGUCACGUUACGCCGUUUCAAAGUUUAAGCGCGAUACGACAAUAUGUAAAUUGAACAAGAAGGAUUGGGUCGAUCUUGAUCGAACAGUACGUAUUUCACAUUACGUGCGUACCUAACAAAUAAUCGUCAAUAUGGAAGUGUGGUGGUUCUCUCGAGUAAUAGCUCAUCAUCCUUAUGCGAUUGUAAUAGCAAUACUUAUUUUUUCAUCGACAUGUUUAAUCGCUCCCUUGACCAUCAAAAAAUUUCCUGACUUUUCGGAUCCACAAUUAGGUUUCGAAUCGAGAGGCACAGCAUUAGCACAGAGGCUCAUAGCUUGGCAGAAUUUGUUGGAAGCGAGUAAGCCAAGAGGACAAUUAGUGGACAAUCCUUUAGAAUAUUACGACUACGUGCAACAACAGAUUCGACAGAAUUCUGCCAGAAAGAACGACAGUUGGACAGUCAGUGAAGAUAACGUACGAAAGAAGCCUAAGAACAAGAAGAAGGGAAAAAAAUACCAGAAGCAAACGUCUGGGAAUGAGACAGAAGCGGUCAAAGAUAAAUGGGAGAAAUUGAUAGAGUUAAACAAUAAAUUUGUCACUGGAGCUGGCUAUAAGAGCCAAGAUAAUAUCGACAGUGAGAAUUUUUUUUGCAAUUUACCGUCUUCUGCUUAUGCACGUGUGGUCAUUGGUAGAAACUCCGAUGAUACAAAUUUGUGGUCAAUGGAAGGUGUAUUAGCACAAUGUUACAUCGACGCAGAGCUUAGAGUGAAUUCUCACUUCCCCUCUUUAUGUCAAACACAACUAGAGCACGGUAACGCAGAACAGAAGUGUUGUAGAAGUUGGUCACCGGCAAAUUACGUUGCACUUUUAUCCAAUCGAACAUCUUGCUUGGGCGUGACAGAAAGUGAUCUUAGCCGUGUAGAGUCUCUUUUGAAGAGAUGUAUCGAUUACUAUAAAGAUCAUCACUUAACGUCGAAUUGUGCGGAAGAUUUCAAUUGUCAAAAACACGUUCCGACCGAAUGCUACACGCACAACGCAGUCUAUCAUUUGUUGCACUACUUGUUAGAUAUCGAUUUUAUUUCCGAUCAUAAAGAAGAUGCACAAAACAAGACGAACUCAACGUUGAAGUACACAAUGUUGAUCCUGCCGAUCGCUGCGAGUUCAGCGACUUUAGAUUUUUACAACGGAUUGAAGAACGACGCCCUGUCUUACGGGAAAUUCUGCGUAAAGGGAAUGCAGUUGGGCCUUAAAAGCACAUUGUUCGACAAGCUGUUGGUGUCAGAUUCCACAUUGUUACUCGUUGGUUUCGGCUUCGUAACAAUUUGUAUAUGGGCGUACACGAGCUCCUUACUGUUAACCGUCACGACUAUCGUCGCUGUGAUUUUUAGUCUCGGAAUUUCAUACGCAUUUUACACUCUAGUCUUGCACAUCAAGUUCUUCCCAUUCAUGAAUCUGCUGGCAAUCGUCGUAGCCGUGGGUAUAGGCGCAGACGACGCUUUCAUAUACUGUAAGAUUUGGGAGCGAGGAAAGGAGCAGAAAAUAUCGAACAACGGAUUGGUCAAACUGGUGCAAGAAACAAUGAAGCACGCCGUUCCGUCCAUGUUCGUAACAUCUCUGACCACCGCGGUAGCGUUCUUCGCAUCGGUCGUCAGUAACGUCACCGCGAUCAAUUGCUUCAGUUUAUUCUCAGGAAUGACCGUGAUCGCGAACUUCUUCUUAAUGAUCACUUGGCUGCCGGCAUGCGUCGUAAUAUCGGAACAAAUCAAACUACGUUUCUUAUCUCCUGCAAACUUUAUCACGCGAAAGGUCAUUCGACCCUUAAGACUGUUGGGUGACAAAGUGGCCGUAGGCUUCAACAGUCUCCUCACGAGGACGGUCCUCGAUUUCCGAUGGUGUUGGUUGUCAAGUCUGGGUAUCACAGCGAUGACAUGUUGCAUCGUGGUCUUCCAAUAUCCAGGCUUGCAAUUGCCCGAUUCCGCGGACUUUCAGCUGUUCGAGAUCUCUCAUCCGUUCGAGAAAUACGACCUAGUAUAUUCUCGAAAAUUUUGGUUCGAGAGGCACGAAACGAUGGACAACGGCGGAGACGUAUUGCCAUUGAGAUUCGUCUGGGGGAUCAAGCCGAUCGACAAUGGCAAUUACUUAGAUCCGAGUUUGACAGGCACUCCAGAAUGGGACGACACGUUCGACGUGUCGCAUCCAGAGUCUCAGUCGUGGUUGAAAAACUUUUGCCACAGUCUGCGCGCUCAACCUUUCUAUCGAGACACUCUGGGGCCUCUACUCUCCAAUUGUUUCAUCGAAUUAUUAUACAAUUGGAUGCAAAGACGCUGCGAAGACCCGGUGGACUCCCGUAUCAAUCACAUGCCGUGCUGCGAGAAGAGCAAAUUUCCAUACAACGCCAGCACUUUACAAAGAUGCGCGGCCGAAGCGAACGCAGAACUGCACCGGACUCCGUCGUAUUUGUGGUUUCGCAACGGCAUUUCCGCCGGGCUGAAGUUCUUCAACGACGAACCGAACCUCGGCCCGUCACGCGUGUCAAACGGGACACGUUCUCUCGCAACGGUGUCCACGGUGCCUAAAAUCAAAGCUCUGGUCGUCGAGUACGACAGUAUAUACAACUACAGUCUGUCGUUCACGAACAUGGAUCAAUUUUUUCAUCAGGUCGAGACGUGGAUGCAAGAUCAACUGAAGACCGCUCCGUCAGGAAUGCGCGGUGGUUGGUUCGUCAGCAGAUUAGAAUUUUACGAACUGCAGCGAACACUGUACGAAGGUACUCUCUGGGCAAUGGGAGUCUCCUUGAUCCUAGCUCUGACAGUACUGGCAUUCGUGACGUUCAAUCCUCUCGUGAGUCUGUACGCGAUCACAACGAUCGGCGCUGCAAUCACGGUGACAGUCGCCGGUCUGAUCCUGCUCGGGUGGAAGCUGAACGUCUUAGAAAGCGUCGCGGUGUCCACAGCGAUAGGUCUCACCGUAGACUUCAGUCUACACUACGUAGUGAGUUACACGACAUGCAGCGCAUCCAAAGAGAGGGAGGACAGGGUAAAAACGGCUCUCGCGCAGAUGGGUGGUCCGACUCUGAUGGCCUCGCUGACGAGCGGUGCCGCCGGUGCUCUGAUGCUACCCUCGUCCGUGUUGGCGUACAUUCAAAUCGGCGUGUUCUUGCUGCUCGUGAUGGGUAUAAGCUGGACGUACGCCACGUUCUUCCUGUGUCCGAUGCUAGCGGUCGCAGGCCCGUCGUCUCGUUUCGCUCAGUUUCGACAUCCCAGAUUGAACUCGUGGUGGAACCGUGUGCGAAAAGACAAGUCUGGAAACGCGCCCGAGGCAAACAGAAAGAGACACAGGACCGGAAGAGAUUUCAAAGGGAGAGGAAUGUGGUCCGAGUCUACUCUGAGUACGUCCAGUACUGUAUGUCAAUUUCAUCGGAACGAGACAGAAAGUUUCACGAGGCCACCGCCGUCGCCGUCGCUGCCUCCGUCCCCGUCGUCGGCACUACUUCAGUGAACGGUGAACUCGACGGCCGAGUCGAGCGACGAAGCGAACGCUUCGGGCGAAGCAACGCGAAAAGAACGCGGGAAACCGUGACCAGUCUGACCGCGAGACAGCACCGUCUCGAGACGUGGAAAUUUUCAGCGAACUCACUCGUUCGCGCGCGUACUCACGCGUCACCGAUGCGUCAUCGGCUGUGUCGAACAUAGUUUUUUAAGACAAUCGCAGUUCAUACAUUCAUCCAUCAUGGACAUUCACCGGGCUUCCUACAUCAGUCGCGCAAGUACACACAAAUCGUGUAUACGACCAGGGAUGCCAGAACGUAGGACUUUUCCCGUUCCCGAGCCGUCCCUCACUACUCUCUCUUGCCCGCACUCACGUUACCCAGGACCAUCGGGGACACGCGUAACAACGCCGUACGUAAGCGGGGACAGCACGCGGAGCACGCAGCACUCGCAGCACUCGCAGCAGCACACAGUAGCGGGGAGAGCUCGGGCAGAGGAGAAAUCGUACACUCCGGCACCUCUCCGUACGCGUCGGACGCGAUCGGUGUGCGGCACGAACGAAGCACGAGACUCGCAGGGACACACCGCUUACGAACGCGUCUCGACCGGCGACUCACGGGUAUGGAGACAAGACGCGGGCGUCACGUCACGCGUUUCCGUCUGUGCGUAAAGAGCGGGACGACCGAUCGCCGACAGCGGGUCGUCGACAGCAGGUCGAACCUCUGGUUUCGAGGCAGUAUCGAACUCGUACACCGCGAAACAGUAUCAGUGUAAAUAAUUUUGUAACCUUCGUGUUCAAUUAAACGUAAUUUCAACACGUGA